AUUUUCCCACAUUUGCCGGUUUCAAGGUUACUCUCAAUCACUAUAAAAUAGUCGCCUGGGAAAAGGUUAUAUAGCAGUUUACUGAGCUGAAUCAGUCGUCCUGCUCGACGACGAUGCUGGUACUUACGAAGGUCAUCCCUAUUCUAACUUUGCUCUACAAUGGGAUACGAGGAGCAAACGGCUGCCAGGGCAAGACCUUCGGCUCCGACAGCUUCGUCUGCGUCUGCAGCACCGAAUACUGCGAUGACUUCCCUGAGGUGAUCGUAGAGGAAGGCCACUUCAAGCAUAUCUACUCCUCUAAACUUGUCGACAGAUUUAACGUUUCUGAAGGUCCAAUAAGUGAUGCACCUUUGCCAGAGCACACUGUCAUCACCAUUAACCUGACGGAGACCCACCAGACGAUGCUGGGAUUCGGUGGCGCCUUCACCGACGCCACGGGAAUCAACAUCGCCUCCCUUUCGAUGGCCAUGCAAGAGAAACUCCUGAGGUCCUACUUCUCCACCUCGGGCCUCGAGUACAACAUCGGCCGGAUUCCUAUAGGAGGCUGCGACUUCUCCACACAUCCUUAUUCCUACGACGACGUCGAGGACGACAUCUUGCUCGAGCACUUCGCCUUGGCUCCGGAAGACCACUUAUACAAGCUGCCUUACAUCAAGUGGGCCAUGAGUUUGACGGAGCGUCCGCUGCUCUUCUUCGGGUCACCCUGGUCACCCCCCUCCUGGAUGAAGGAGAGUGGGGUGUUCAACGGCACCGGAGGAAUCAAGAGGGAGAUGUGGCAGGGCUACGCCGACUACAUCGUCAAGUUCGUCGAAUCCUACGAGGCGCAGGGCGUCCCCCUGUGGGGCCUGACGCCGCAGAACGAACCUGUGAUGUGGGGCAAGGACUGGCUCUUCAACGCCUGUGAAUGGAACGCGACAGAUAUGCGAGACUGGAUCAAGACCUCGCUGGGUCCCACCCUGGAAGCCGCUGGAAUGAGGAGGCUGAAACUCAUGGUGCUGGAUCACAACAGGGACGCUCUGCCUUGGUUUCCCGAUACCAUUCUGGAUGACCCCGACGCGUACCAAUACGUGGAUGGGAUUGCCAUCCACUGGUACGAAGACUACCAUUUACCUCCAGACGGACUCGACCUCAUCCACGACCACUACCCGGAGAAGUUCAUCCUGUACACCGAAGCUUGCAGAGAGGAUGUCGUCAUUGGUUCUUGGGAGGAGGCUGAGAACUACGCUCACAAUAUAAUUGAGGACAUCAACCACUGGUCGACCGGCUGGGUCGACUGGAACAUGGCUCUGGAUAUGGAGGGUGGCCCUAAUUGGGCGAAAAAUUUCGUCAAUUCCCCCAUCAUGGUCGAUAAGGACGUGGACGUCUUCUACAAGCAGCCCCUGUUCUACGCGAUGGGUCACGUCGCCAAGUUCGUCACGACCGGGGACGUCCGGGUGUCCUUCGCCAUCGCUCCUGCGACUACUACUCACGAGGAGGAGGUGAAGGUGGGGUACGACAACCUCGAGAUGACGGCCAUCCUCAAAGAAAACGGACAGGUGGUUGUGGUCGUCAUGAACACACGCGAUGAAGAGCACAGCAUCUCCAUUGUGGACACCCAGGGAUCAGUCAUUAACCUGGAUCUCGAGCCUCGAUCUCUCAACACAAUCCUGUAUGAUUCCCUGGCUAAAUAAAUUGCUACAAGGGGCA